CUCGUCCGAAAUAACCCCGCGUCGAGGACAGAGAUUAGCAUAUUCCCAAACCAUCUCCCUCAACCAGCGGAAGAUAAAGCGCUGGUCCGUUCUGAGUCACGAAAAUCCCUGUGCUGAUUUGAUGAGAGUGGAYGGCGGGGAGGGGAGAUGCCCCGGCACGGUCCCCGCCGGGGCUCGCCUCUGACAUCAGCGCGAAACCGGCCAUAAAAGCAGCGAGCGGAGGGGACUCCGGCUCACACAGCCGCCACCUGGCUCAGCGGGACGGCAGCCGGMCACCUGGGCUCGCCUCGCCUCGCCACAGCGGAGCYCAGCAGGGGUCAGGAGUCUUCGGAGCCAACUCACCGCGGCCAGAAAGCGCUGGGGAUGAAGCUGGGGGUCGCCUGCCUCCUGUGGCUGCUGCUCGUGUGCCUGACCCUGCCCGCCACCCACGGCCGCCUUCUCGAGCGCUCCAUGGAAAUCAGGAACCCGGACAUCGACCCCUCGUGGUACACGGGCCGCGGGAUCCGGCCGGUGGGGCGGUUCGGGAGGCGACAAGCCCGGGGCGGAGGCACCCAGCCGGGCGGGGCCGGRCGGCAGCGGGGCUGCGGAGCCCCCCACCCGCACCCCCACCCUCCCCGGCAGGAGCUGAACCCCUAAACCAGAGCUGACAAUAAAAACCGUUCUU